GUAGCACAUAUGACUUUUUGACAUUUUCGACAGCUUUCAUCACAGAUUUAAUAAAGUCAAAACAUUUCAUAAAUAAAUAGGAAUUAAUCCUGCAGGAUGGCCAAGUUCCUGGGCCUUCAUCGUAUUUUUUCCGUUUUGGGGAUUAUAAAAGACAAUGGAGGGCUUCGCGCGUCGUUGUAUAAAUUAUAUAGAAUGGAUGAAUUAAAGUCAGGGAAACACGUCGGAACCGAUAAAUACGGCAACAAAUACUUCGAAAACGAGCGCUUCUUCUACGGCCGCAACAGAUGGGUGGAAUAUGCACCAAAAUACGGAAUGGAUUACGACGGUAGCCAAAUCCCAGCCGAAUGGUACGGCUGGAUGCACUACAAGACAGAUUACCUCCCCAUGAACGACCCCGACCGCCCAAAAUACAAGUGGAUGGCCGAUCACACCGAGAACAUGUCAGGUUUCCCCGGUCAAUACACACCCUAUAGCACCACGCGGCCGAAAAUCGAGGCAUGGCAGCCGAAAAAGUAAACGAAAGCAUUAGACAUAGUCAAAGGUAACAUUAAAUUCUCCAAAUGUUUGAAAAUUAAACAAGUUAUUAAUCAA